AUAUUUGAUUGAUUUGGAUUCAUGUCCCUAAUAAAACACCAGCGGCGUACAUGAUCGUGAUCUCGUCGUGUUUGGCAAUGAUUACAGAAGGCAGCAUCAGGAAACACGGAGGGGUGUGAUCUGGAUCGUCGUUCUCAGUUGGUGCAAGGGUUCCAUUACAACACCUUGCUUUUGAGACGAUUGCCAACAUCAUGGGCCCGACACCUAAUAGCUGCCUCUGAUGCUGAUGCGGACUCGAAUAUACUUUGCUCAGUUCUUCCAAAAUUCCAUUCCUUCUUUUUUUCCCCAACUCUUAUCUUCAUCUUGAUUUCCUUCUCUUUCUCUCUGUCUAAUCUCAUUUUCCACCGCCGCUGCUAAUUCCGCCGUUCUUCUUUCGGGUUCAUCCAUCACUUUUUGUUGAGUUAUGGAGUUUUUUCUUGAACUUGCGCUAACCAUUAGUCUUCCUCUUCUUAUUUCCUUUGUUGUCAGUAAGUUUCUUUCCAGGGCCUCAACCGACGAAGAAGUGGCUCCGUUUGGCUUUGACUUAGGAUUUCGAUCUCGAAUUCGUAAUCUAGAGAGUGAUAAACCUAGCGUUGUUGUUGAAGAUUUUGUCGGUGCGGAUGAGACCGCAGAAUGCGAAUUGAAACAGGGCAAUUUCACCGGGAUCCUUGAAUCGAGAGAUGAAACUGAGAGUAAAUGCGAAUGUGUGGUGAUUGACUCUGUGAGGAUUGUUGAAGAUAGAUUAGAGAGUGACUCCGAUAAUAGUGGUGGUGAUUGCGGCGGUGAGGUUGCAGGAAAGGUGAUCGAUGAAAGUUCUGUUAGGACCAGGUGUGAAGAAACUGGAAUCGGUCCGGAUGAGGAAGACGUAUGCGAGGACGAUGGAGUUGAGGCGUUUGAGAGUGAUCGGAGCAAGGAAUCUGGUGGAGUAAGCGAGGGAGGAUCGGCGGAGGAGAUUGCCGUCGAGGAUGACGAUUGGGAGGGAAUUGAAAGAACUGAAUUGGAGAAGUUAUUUGAAACCGCACUAGAGUUUGUGAAGAUUCGUGAUAUCGAGGACCCCAAAUUUGGCGGUGAAUUGAAGAUGCGGCUGAACGGGCUUCACAAGAUAGCCAUGGAAGGGCCUUGCAGAGAACCACCGCCAAUGGCUUUGAAGAUCUCUGCUCGAGCCAAAUGGAAUGCAUGGAAGCAGCUGGGGAACAUGACCCCUGAGGUAGCUAUGGAGAGCUAUAUAAACCUUGUUUCCAAGAACAUUCCUGGUUGGAAGCCCAAAAUGCCUCCUGGGAUGAAGCUCAUCAGUGAUGUGGAGGCUCUAUGGUGUCAAAAUUCAGUUUGUAUAAUUUCCCCCCAAGCUUUGGUUUUGUUUGGUUCUUUCUUGGCCAUUAAGCCAUUUCAUACGGUUUGCAUAUUAGGAGAACCUGUAGCGUAAUUUAUUUUUAUCCAUGACAAUCCUAGCGUUCUUUGUAAAUAGCAAUUUGAAGUUAUUUUUCCCUGUAAAUUCAAAAUAAUUCCUCCACUGCAAGUCUGGAUUGACAUGUGAAAAUAAAUUGGACCGAUUGAUUGGCAA